CCUCCCCUUUUUUCCUUUCCUCACUCCCACUCUCUCCUCCUCAGAGUGGCGACAACGUGACUGCCUGCGUCAGCCAGCCUUGCCAGCUACUGAAUGCUGCUACUGGAGCUGCCAUACCCUGCAGAGAGCCCAAUGCAUGUGUGUGUAUGCGUGUGUGUGUGGAUGUGAGAGAGUGUGUAUGAGUGUACGCAGAUGGGAAAGAAACUGAGUCAGGGAGGGCUGCCUCUCAUCUCUUCGUUGUUAUCACCAUCCUUCCCUCUCCCUCCUCUGCUGCCAUGGAGCUCCAGCAGGCUGCACUACAACAGCGUCUGCAGAAAAGGCUGAGCAGGUAGAUGUGUAUGUGGUACUCUGCUGGGCCGGUAUGGAGUGUGUGUGCCUGAGAAGAUGGGCAUCAGGCUCCGCCGUUGUGUUCCUUCACACACUGGCCUUGUCCUGGACAGGUGCAAUUGAGCCCGCCCCCAAAAUUGAUGGACAUCACCGGGCGGCUGUCACACUGCAGGAGAACAUGACGCACAGAUUCAAAUGUCAAUCGGACGGCUGGGAUCCCCGGGCUCCUCCGGUGCUGACCUGGUACCUGAAUGGGCAGGAGCAGAGUGAGCCAUCAACGAAACACAGGCGCCUGGUGAUGACUUCACAGGAAGAGGCUGAAGUCAGACCAAACACCCAUCACAACAGCACCUACUCUCUACGAGCCAGGAAGUGGGACAAGGAGCUAGUGUGUGUCGCAUCAAACCCCAGGACCGGAGAGAGUUACAACGCCUCAGUCACACUUAAUGUGCAGUUCCAGCCAGAGAUCCUCAGGGUCAACGCCCACUACAGUGAAACCUCAGACCCUGGCCUCUCCCUGGUUCUCUUUGCACUGGUGCGUUCAAACCCACCUGCCACCAUCUCCUUUGUGGACCAGUCUGGCCAGUUGGUGGCCAACACUUCCGACUUCCUCAUUCUGGACUCACGAAGCUACCCCUGGCUGACCAAUCACACGCUGAGGGUCACACUCAGCAGCCUAUCAGGGAAUGUGUCGCUGAACGCCAGCAACAGCGUGGGUACGGCCCUGAGCAACCUCACACUGGCAGAGUUCCUGCAGUCUCGUGUCGAGGUGCCGAUGUUGGGAAUAGUGACUGGGGGAUCCAUGGCCUUCAUGGCGCUCCUCAUCCUCAGUCUAAUCGUCCUUUGUCUAAUGCAAAAAAACAAAAGCAAGACCUUUGAUGAGCCGGUGGAGAUUCUGAUGACCAAGAAAAGUGACUCUGCCAAUUUGAAGACAGAGAAAGCAGAUAAGGCGUACAUCCCCAGAGAGAACAUGUCUCUGCCUUCCAACAUGCAGCUCAACGACCUCAGCACACUGAGAAAAGCCCGAGAGACUGCCCAGCAGAGCAGUGUGGGAGAGAAGAAAGAGGAAGAGGAGGAGGAAGAUCUGUCUUUAGCCUACGCCGCCAGAGGUUUUGCCAGAUAUCCAAUGGUGGGUUACAUCUAUAAGGUGAACAGCACAAGCAGUGAAGAAAUCUGGCUGUGACUGAUCUGAAACUACCAUACAAACACACAUACAUGCAUGAAGAAUACUUACAUCAGUGCAGCUGUCCUUCAGGUCACUCAGAACAACUGCCAGUCAGUCCGUCAGUUACUUUUGAGCUGGAUCAGGUUGACACAAAGGUCAUUCUGUCCAUUUCUGGACCACAUACACUAAACAUACUGUUACUACUAAUACUGUUUCUCUGAUGAAAAACCCACCAUGAACAUGAGUGUCAUGUUAAACAGACACAAAACAUUGAAUGCUUUGUCUCUGCAUUAACAACUUAACAAUGUCAUGCCCCUACCAGUGAAGUAUGAACUCAGACGUAUGUUUUGACAUUAUUUCCUCCCUACAGUGUGUAGCCACAUACUCAUAAUGUCCUGUUUAAUGGAAUGCAUUUACUGUUCUAUGCUUACAUCACAAUAUCCAAAAGGAUGCGCUGUGCGUGAAAUUUUACAUUUUGACAAAUAAUAA